UUUUGCUGAAAACGCAUCUUCUAAUACCCCAAUUUGAUAGCAUUCUCAGUGUGAACAGAUGUGAAGUGCUACCCUGCUCUUUAAGAAACCUGAAAUUUGACCGUGGUCUCCCAAAGGAGGAGAUACUUGGAAAGCGCCAGAUCCUCGUCCCUGACACUUACGCAAGUACAAAUUGCAGUCUGCAAAAAGACUCUUCCCAGGGCGAUGCUGUGGGGACAUCUCCCUCCGUGCAGUUACGAAGGUCGCUUGACCCUGGGGACUUCCCACGCCGUUCCCCACCCGGCAGCAAGCUCCGUCUGAGCGUGGGCUCGCCCUUCCGCUCCCUCCCGCUGCAGCGGAGCCUAGUCAAAGUUGCUGCUCGCCCAUCGCAGCGCUCCGUGCAGGAGCCGCGGGUGUCCCCCCGGCACGACGCAGCUCCGCCGCCGCGGGGCUGCCAGCGCCGCCCGCUCCGCACUCGCACCGGGUGAUCCCUUGCCGGGACGGAGCCGCAGCGAGGCGAAAGGCGGCGGCCCCAAGCAGCCGGUGCGGUGAGUAUAACCGAGACGGCCCGUCCCGCCGAGGGGGAAACUGAGGCAGGCGGCGGGGGGCGGACGGAGAUGCCCCUGCCAGCGACCGAUCGCCCUGCGGCAGACGGCGCCGGCUGCCAGGGGUCCCGCGACCCCGUCCUGGGGCGUCCUGCCGGCAGGAGCGGCCGGGCCGGGCCCUUCCUCCAGGCGGAGCCGCGGCGGCCGGGGUUGUGCUGCUGAUGGGGAACGCGGUGGCAGGGGACGGCCCGCGGACGCUGCAGGCCCUCACCGGGUGCCUGCUGGGCGCCCUGGUGCUGAGCACGCUAGUGGGCAAUGCACUAGUCUGCCUGGCCGUCCUCCGCUUCCGCCACCUGCGCACCAAGGUCACCAACUGGUUCGUGCUGUCACUGGCCAUCUCGGACCUCUGUGUGGCCCUCCUCGUGAUGCCCUGGAGGGCAGUCACUGAGGUGGCUGGUGGCAUCUGGAUCUUCGGCAGCCACUUUUGUGACACCUGGGUGGCCUUCGACAUCAUGUGCUCCACUGCCUCCAUCCUCCACCUCUGCAUCAUCAGCUUGGACCGGUACUGGGCCAUCGCCAGCCCCUUUCGCUAUGAGCGCAGGAUGACACAGCGCCUUGCCUGCACCAUGAUAGCUGUGGCCUGGGUGCUCUCCAUACUCAUCUCCUUCGUCCCAGUGCAGCUGCACUGGCAUAAAGCCAAGGAUAUGAGAUACCCAGGCUCCUGGCUGCCUGGGACACCCCGCUGUGAUGUCAGCCUGAACCGCACUUACGCCAUCACCUCCUCCCUUAUUAGCUUCUACAUCCCUGUAGCCAUCAUGAUCAUCACCUAUACCAGGAUCUACCGAAUUGCCCAGGCCCAGAUCCGCCGCAUCUCCACCCUCGAGAGGGCAGGGGGGCAGUGGCCAGCUCACAGCAAGGAGCCUACCUCCUCUUUGCGGAGUUCCCUGCGCAAGGAGACCAAGGUGCUGCAGACCCUCUCUAUCAUAAUGGGAGUCUUUGUUUGCUGCUGGCUGCCAUUCUUCCUACUCAACUGUCUGCUGCCUUUCUGCCAGCGCGAGCUGGAGAGCAACCAUGAAGGACAGUCACCCUGCAUUGACCAGACUACCUUCAACAUCUUUGUGUGGUUUGGCUGGGCCAACUCCUCAGUGAACCCAGUUAUCUAUGCUUUCAAUGCAGAUUUCAGGCGGGCUUUCAGCAACCUGCUGGGCUGCAAAUGCUUCUGCUGUGGCACACCCAGAUCCAGUGUGGAGAGGGUCAACUUCAGCAAUGAGCUCGUUUCCUAUCACCAUGACACCACCUGCCAGAAGGAAGGGGCUGCCUCAUCAUCCGCACCCCGCCCUGCCAUCACUGCCUGGGUGCAGCCCAUACCCCACACCGUAAGCCUGCAGGGAGAGGACAGCAGCGAGGAGAUGUCUAUGGAGAAGAGGCCUGUGACUUCUCAGACACAGGCUGCCCCUGGCAGCAGCCCCAAGAGCCAUCAGACACCAGCCAUUUUGCAGUUUGAUUGCAAGGCAGAAACUACUAGCCCCUGUACAGGGCUUGGUCAGUGUGUGGAACCCGAUCACCCUGUUCCAGAGGGAUAAGAGUUUGUGCAUUUGUCACACACACAGCCAUCCCAUGGGGGGAGUUCACUCUGCUUGCACAUGAGAUACACCUGUCCCCCAGCAAACAAAGUCCCCCUCUGGGAUGGGGACCUGCAGCUCUUACCCCAGAGGGGCGAUAGGUGUAUGAAGUCCACCCCAAAAUCAUGCAGCAACUGUAUAUUAACCUCUUUCCACAGCCAUCUUCACUUCUUACUCUCUUUCAGAGUCAGCAGACAUUUCCCACGCAUUUGUACACCUUCACAAAAUCAAAUUUGUGAUAUUUAUUAAGAAUAUCAAGAUAAUGAGAUCAAAACAAAAACAUGUAGUUUGCAACUCUGUAAUAUAAUCUUACAUAGAUAAGUUCAUCUUAGAUUUAGCUUACUUGCUAAAACACAGUUUCCAACUCCUCCUGGUUUCACAUCAUACAUGCGCAUAAUUCUGGUCUUAAAGGUUGUGUUUGGUUUUACUUCUGUGUUUAUUUCAAAGCUGCCUAUCUGGAUUUACAUGUCUGAAUCUGUGUUUAGGCUCUUAAAAAUUGCUCUAUUAAAACAUCACUAUCUUAGGUUCAGUCAAAAGACCGCUCAGAACCCUGGAAAAUUAUAUUGCUUUUAUGUAGGAUGCCAGACAAUUUCAGGUGCCAAAUUUUGGUAUCCAGGUUUAAUGAUACUGAGCUAGGAUCUUCCUCAUCCUCAAGUGUUAGAAAAUGUAGCAUUGUAUUGAGCUGAAGUUACAGCAGGAUGGUGUUUGAGAACUAACGCUACAACUCCAGUGAGAUUUAAGCUGCUCUCAGCUGAAACAGCUGCAAUCCUUCAUUCUCUUAGUUCAGACAAGCAAUCCUUCCAGAAAGCAAGUUGGUCCGUAAAAUAAAAAGUGGUCAGAUCAUCUGUCUGAACCCAUUUCAGUCCUUGUAAGCAUAAACAACAGCAAAAGGCAGAGCAAAUGGGUGUUGGAUGGCUUGCAGGAGAGAAAAUACCAUGUGUAACUAAUCUGCUCUUCAUGGCCAAAACUGGCAGGACCAGAGGUCAUGUACUUAACUGUAAGGAAGACCCCAGAAGAACUUUCUAAGAAUAAGUAUAAUGAAGCACUGGAGUAGAUUGCCUAGGGAGGUUAUGACAUCUCUCAGUAAAAGUCUUGAAGAUGAGAUUGCUAAAUGUCUGUCUGAAAGCACACUCACAUCAUUAACCCUGUCUUAGGGCAGAGGCAUAGUGUAAUGGUCUCUUGAGAUCUUUUCUAGUCCUGCUUCACUACGACAGCAGGACUCCUUAAAAAUUCAGCUUAAGGUGUUUGAUUUUUUUUUUUUUGAGAAAUUUUCUUGAAGGCAGAAAAGCAUACAGUUAAGAACUUUGAGACACCACUGUUAUAACUCCCUUAUCUUAGUGAUUUUGCAUUUUAAUUAGCAUUUAAAAACUAUCAUUCAGCAUACCUGGUGCCUCAUCUAGAGAGAAAACCUGAAAUAAACCUAGUAUUUCCUUGAAAAAUAUACAAAAUAUGUGAGUUUUAUUUUGAUUUCCCUUAAUUAUUUUCUAGGUGAUUGUACGUGAACUGUACAUAGAUUCAGAUGCUAAAGGGUCAAUCAGUUUCUGAGAGAAUUUUCCUUGCUACAUCUCUUACUUCCUACAUAAAGCAGAAACACCUGUUGUAAGAGUAUCAGCAUCUUUUAUCUCGUCCAAAAAAAUGAAAUUAUAUCUUAGGGUUCUAAGAGACUUCUCAUCCCACCCCCUCCACACUAAAACUCAUCCUGGGGAUAUUACUGACACACCUGAUAAGAUGCUAUGCUGAAGUGGGACUCCCUCACUGCCUGUUACGCUUCUGUUUCUGUUGCAAUAGCUUCAGCUGAUUCCAUCCCUCAGAGAGUUAACUCUCACUGCCCACACACAUCUUCCUUCUCUUGGGCAGACAGUCUUCUGGCAGUCAAGGCCACACAUUAAAUUAUUAUGCACAGGAGGUUUGUGUUUGGUGGGGAUUUUGUUUCUUUGUUUUUUUGGUGUGUGUGGACAGCCCCAUUAUUAGUGAUAAAAGCUGAAAAUUGAUGUAAGGUAAAGAUUUACCUUCACACCAGGUUUGCUCUGCCUAUGGGAGCCAUCUCACCCAGAUAGUAGUCUGGACUUAAUACACAGAGUGAUGAAAACAGUGUAUGACAGAGUAGGUGGCAGAAGUUAAGCCAUGAAUAUAUUUGAAUAAUGUUUUAUCUUAAGAAUAAUCAGAAAUGCAUGGUAACUUUGAUUUAUGGAACUGCUUGGGUUAAGAAUGCAAAAACCUAUUUGUGUCAGUGCUUGUGGCUGUAGUUAAAUAAGUUUCAUUAAUAGGUCAGAUUGUACCUGAAAAUAAAUGGAUAUUUACCUGAAGAAAAAAACAUGGUCUUUACUGAAGCUUUUUUAAAGGGACAGUUUAAAAUUGCUCUUUGAAAGUGAUGCAGAAAAUAAUUGUUUGUACCUAAUUGAUAAAGGUCACUAAUGAUGUACAGAUGGUACACAUUACAAUAGUCUACAGCUGUAACGUCCACUGUAGUUAAAUGCAGUGUAGUGUUCAAGGCAGCAACAAAUUUCACUCAUUUUAAGUGGCAUAUUACUCAAAAUACUUCGUAUUAAAGCUACACUGCAUCACCCUUCAGACUACGUGUUCUGCUGUUGCCAAUUUAAUAACACAAAUAUUGAUGCUGUGUGUAUUUUUGUUUUCCUAGACUGGGAAGGAUCCUGAAUGUUAAGCAUUCUGCAGGUCACACAGUUCUGUGAACAGUAAAUGAACAAGACUUACUUUCCCAAUAUUUUUUUCCAGUGAUUAAAUGUGGUCUCUAAUUGAUAUUUUUCUUAUGUCAGGGUAAGAAGCUGUGUUAAAUUAGACAGAAUUCAAUUAGAAUUGUUAGGUUUGAGUCUGGUGAGAUAAUUAAAAUUAUUACAAAAAAUUAUUAGAAAAAGCCAAAGGUUUACUUCAGCAGAAAUUAAAAGGCAAAAUUAUUUCCUGUUUACACAUUUGCAGUGACCCAAAAGAAGCACCUUCCAAAGCAGAAUCUUGGCAGUACUUAGUUGGACAAAGUGAGUCAAAAAUAAUUAAGGUAUUAUUUCAGAGACAUCUAUGGCUAUUCCUCAAACACCCGUCUUGUAACUCAGAUGAUCAGAUCUACAUACUACUUUAUGUAUUCACCACAAUGUGUGUCAGAUACUUUACUGACUAAAAGCAGUUCACUUCCAUGCCUAGUGGUUCCACAUUUACAAUGGCCUAAAAAAUAGUUUUUAAAUAGCCUUGGUAUCCAAACAGUCCAACCACACAGAUACCUUUUCUAAACACUCUUGUUAACCAGUGCCUGAACGUCCAAAUCAAAACAUGUCCCAGUUCAGCAAAAUAGAGCUUUACAACGUACACCAAAUGCCUUCUCUGUUCAGUCAAAUAAUACCCAUUUCCUUGUGUCAGUCUACGAAGUUCUCAACCAGCUACACUUCCCAAGAGCUCUUAUUUCUGUUAAACAACUGAAAUGAAUACAAACUUUUUGUGGUCAGCUAAAAACUUAGUAGCCUAGCCAACAAGGCAGCCCUUCUCACUAUUACAUUGCACAUGAGAAAUAGGGAUAAUGUCUCUGUAGCCUCCUUGGGUGGAUGUAGAGAUGCUUAUCCAGCUGGGAGCUUUUCCUUCCUGCCCGCUUUCUCUGAAAUUGUUCAUUGAGUUUAAAAGUUAAACACGGGGGUAAACAGAGACAGAUAUGUGGAUGCACAUGUACGUACCUUCAUAGACAACUGUGCUAAAAGAUGAUCAGCAUUCUUCAAGGAAAAGGAGAUCUAAGCUUCAAGGGAGAGCUCUCUCGAGCUGAAGAUAUGGCAGGGUGAGGACAAGAACUCCCUCCUCAUGAAAGACCAAGGCUGGUUCCCGCAACCAUGUGUGGCAGAGAUGCCAAGUCACAUUUCCAUAACCAGCCACCAGAGCGUUGGUUCUAAGACCAACUGUAGUGCCACCAGCUACAGCACCUUUGUGGCAGGAUGUAACAGUCAGACAGCAAAGAUGUAUUUGAACAUUGCAUUGAUGCAAAGUUUCAGCUUGUUUCCUAAGCAAUAUUUUAAAAAUAUUAAUUACAACACACAGGCGUUCUUGACAUUAAGCUUACGUUAUUAUAUUCUGAUGUUUAUUGCUUAUUGUUUGCCUGUCACUUAUGUAUUUAUUUUGCAUUACACAUAGACUUUCAGGAGAUCACUGUUGACUUUAGGAAGCUUGUUACAGCUACAGCACUGCCUCUAUUCAUAUCAGUUUCAGGAACGAGAAGGGACUGAAAAAGCACGUCACUUGGCAUGAGAAAACAUAAAGCCCUGGGACAGUUCUACAAUUCAAACCAUAACAGCAGAAAAACAUAUUCUCAAAGGAACUUCCCAUUAGCAAAAUCUAAAUAAGCAAAACCUAAAAAGAUGAGAUUUCCUCCCAGCCUCCUCCUCCCUUCAGAUUAAAAGGCUACCCAUAUAUCCAAUCUCCAGGGAGAGUCUUCCAACUUCCUUCUCCUUCACAAAUGCACACAGGCAUGCAGAUACUGCAGAGGGAAAGGGUUUCUUUCCCCUCUUCCAGCUCUAGCUUGUCCCCUGCUUCCCACAAGCCGCUGCCCUGUCUUUGAAUAACAAGCAAAGCAGAAAAAGAAAAAAAGAAAAUAAAAAGGAAAUGUGGUCACCACCACAAUGACAAAUGACUCCACUUUCCAGGGUCUAAGCAGCCAUUUAUGAGGACAAAACCCAGUACAGUCAUAUGGGUAUUCAGCUUUGUAUUUGCACAAGCUUUUGGAUUCCUCCACUUGGAUGUUUUCAGGAAAGGCACUUCAUAAAAGGCCAUGAAAAUUAUUUUAGCCUUUAUAUAUCACAAAAUAUAUUACCAAGGCAUCAAAGGAGAUUAUAUUUUUCCAACAUUAGUCUUCCCCCCUCAUAAUUUUAUUUCUUGCUAAAUUGUAUUUCAUUUUGCUGAGCUGAAUAUAGACUAAGUAUCAUUGUGUUUGUCCUUAGAAAGUCCAAAUAUAUGUACAGAUGGAAAAUUAAAUAUUUCUAAAGAUUUAGCAACUAUUAUAUAAAGCUGCUAUGAUAAAGCUAAAAAUAUUAAAUUUCAUCCAGAAGUCUAUAGUUAGGUAUAACUUUAACAAAUGCUAAAUUCAGUGGAAAUACCAAUGUAAAGGAAGCCUCAGUUGUAUAUAACUUUUUCUUAUUCUUCUAAUAAUAAGAUGAUGCCUUAGCAUUUUGGUAAACUUUAAUUUCAGUGAGAAACAGCUGACCUAGGUAGCAAAAAGAGAAAUCUAUUAUAAAACCCAGUUGCCAUAAGCAUCUGUUGUUUCGCUUGUGCCAAAAUUGUGCCUCUUGUGUUGGAUUUCAGAUGAUGCACCUACAUACAUCAUAUUAAGUGUAUUUCCAUCAGUUGAAUAUUUCUCAGUAAAAAUUAUUUUGUGAAAAAUUCUAUUCUU